GGAUGCGGUUCGGCGGAGGCGGCCGCCACAGGGACUCGCCGCCAUCACCUUUGCCUCCGCGGCCGCAGCCGCCGCCGCAGCCGCAGCGGAGAGGAGCCGCCGCCAGAACUGCCCGCCGCCGCCCCGCGCGCCCGGUAAAAUACUCAGCUGUAUGGGAUAGUGCAUAAAUCUUGGAAGACUACAAUAAAGCGGCAAUGUCUCGGGAACCCACCCCACCUCUCCCUGGAGAUAUGUCUACUGCUCCUAUAGCAGAAAGCUGGUGUUAUACACAGGUUAAAGUAGUAAAAUUUUCCUACAUGUGGACCAUUAAUAACUUCAGUUUUUGUCGAGAAGAAAUGGGUGAAGUGUUAAAAAGUUCAACGUUCUCAUCUAGCCCAAGUGACAAAAUGAAAUGGUGCCUGAGGGUAAAUCCAAAAGGAUUAGAUGAUGAAAGUAAAGACUACUUGUCCUUAUAUUUACUUUUAGUCAGCUGCCCAAAAAGUGAAGUUCGAGCAAAAUUCAAAUUUUCCCUUCUGAACGCUAAAAGGGAAGAAACAAAAGCAAUGGAAAGCCAAAGAGCAUAUCGAUUUGUACAAGGAAAGGACUGGGGUUUUAAAAAAUUCAUUCGAAGGGAUUUUUUGCUUGAUGAAGCUAAUGGUCUUUUACCAGAUGACAAGCUUACGUUAUUUUGUGAGGUGAGUGUGGUCCAAGAUUCAGUAAAUAUAUCAGGGCAUACUAAUACAAAUACUUUGAAGGUUCCUGAAUGUCGACUAGCAGAAGAUUUAGGUAAUCUCUGGGAAAACACAAGAUUUACAGAUUGCAGUUUUUUUGUGAGAGGACACGAAUUUAGAGCUCAUAAAUCUGUACUUGCAGCUCGAUCCCCAGUUUUUAAUGCAAUGUUUGAACAUGAAAUGGAAGAAAGCAAAAAGAAUCGAGUGGAAAUAAACGAUGUAGACCCCGAGGUUUUUAAAGAAAUGAUGAGAUUCAUUUACACAGGGAAAGCACCAAACCUUGACAAAAUGGCUGACAGCUUGUUGGCAGCUGCAGACAAAUAUGCACUGGAACGGCUGAAGGUCCUGUGUGAAGAAGCUUUGUGUAGUAACCUCUCAGUGGAAAAUGUUGCUGAUACCCUUGUCCUUGCAGAUUUGCACAGUGCAGAACAGUUGAAAGCACAAGCCAUAGACUUUAUUAAUAGGUGCAGUGUACUUCGACAGCUUGGGUGUAAAGAUGGGAAAAACUGGAACAACAACCAAGCAACGGACAUAAUGGAAACAUCAGGGUGGAAGUCCAUGAUUCAGUCUCACCCUCAUUUAGUAGCAGAAGCCUUCCGAGCACUAGCAUCUGCACAGUGUCCACAGUUUGGCAUUCCACGCAAACGGCUAAAACAGUCCUGAAAUCUUCCAUGAAUUGUAGAAAAAUGGAAUUGACUUUUAUUCCUCCAGGUCCAGAAGAAUUCUAAUAGACAAACCAUAAGCAAGAGUUGUUUCUGUUGUCUUGUCCACAGAACAGAAGCUGAAAAAGCGUAUGGCUUGCAUUUCAGGUGGAUAAUUUAUGGUUUAUUCUUCAGCUUUAAAUUAGACUGACUAUACUCUAACUCACUUCAAGGCCUUAAAUUAUCUCCAGUGACUUCUCUUGUUCAUAUGAUACUUUAAUUUUUUUAUUGUGCCUUGUCAUUUUGACCAAGGCUAUGCAGGAUUGCACUAGCUCCAUAAUGCAGUAAUAUUGACAACUGAAGAUAUUAAGUUUCAAAAGGAUCUUCCAUUAGCUUCAGAAAAGCAAAAUUAAUUUUCUAGGGUUUGUGCUAUGCUAUCUCAAAGUUUAAGACUAGUUUCUUAAAAGCACUUGUAUUGGAGAUAACUGUUAAUGUCUCCAGCCUGAAUUCUAUAAAUACAGGAGAACCUGCUUACCUUCAAGGUAAGUUAUGGCAAUACACUGCUUCAGUUCUAAUUUAUUUUCAUUUCAGGGGCAAUUAUGCAAUGAGUUGGCCCAAAUUUUUAGUAGAAUUUGUGAUGUUUAUAUGUUAACUGUCUAGAAAACUAAGAAGCAUAACAAACCUUUGCUUGUGUUUCUUUGUGGGUUUAUCCAAGUUUACAAUUAUUGAGAACUGAUUGAAGAUAAGAUUUCAAUAAGAAGAAAGCAUGUUUUGUGCUGAAUUAAUUUUUUUUUUAAUUUAUAGUGGCCUACAUUUAUAUGAAGAAUUCUGUACAUGUUAAAAGUAAGGAUGACCAAAUGUAAAUUCAAUGAGUGGGCCAAUUAAGAGAGAGAUAUAUGCACUUUUAAUGUGUAACUUUUGUAUGCUGAAUGGUACAUAUAUUUUUUUGCUUUUGAGGGAAUUAAUAAGGUAUAGUUAAUUGUGUCUUAACUUUUGAAAUAAUUUUUUAAGACAGAUGGAGGUAACUGGCUGUUUGUGAUAUAAUAGAUAAAGAUAUCCUUCAUUGUAGUUAAAUUGGUUUCCAUUUCAAUUAAAUUCAUUCUUUUUUUUAUCACACAUUGGAAAAGGCAUCUGAACAAUACGUGAAUCCUGGAUGGUCUACUCUCCUAAAAUCAACAAACAGAUACUAUUUACAGACUAAAGGAGAGAACCCUCAGAAACUUGUCAGGCCACAUUCUGAACCUUCCUCAUCCCCUUAGUUUUUUCCUUUCUGUUUCAGUUACUGUAUAACAUUGUGGUGGAUGAUACUGAAAUUCUGCAUAAUGUGAACAGGAUAAACUAUUUAUAAACUGCUUUUCAUGGGCCAGUUCUUUAUUAUAAAUGAAUUUCAGCUUUAAACACAUACACAUGCUCAGUGUUGGAUAGCUCUGUUCACAGUAGAGGUCUGUUCCACAUCUGGUCUCCUGAACUAGGGCAGCGUGCUUCUUAGGCAAGAUUGAUGUUGGACCACAAGGGGAAAAGUGUGUCACUGGAAAAAAAAUGCACAUACCUAUAUAUUUGCAUACAUAACUAUUCUCCAGAUUAAAAUUUGUAUAAUUUGUUUAUUUAGUUUUUUUAAUGUAGUACAAAAGGAAAAUAAUCCUGAAGUCUUAAAAGUUUUUUUUGUUAUUUCUUUGUUAGAUUCUCACCGAGCAAUUCUAAUAUAUCAAGAGUGAUUCAUAUUUACAUUGAACAACACUUUCAAAUACACAUUUGUUGUCCAUAACUAACGAGUUUGAAAGAUCUUAUUUCUUAGAUAUCUUCAUUUUGCUCUUUGUAAUUUCAUUGAGUCUUUGUUAUGUUAACUUAAGUUUUAAAUUGGAAGAAUACCUUGGGAUAGAAGAAAGAUUCUUACAUAUUCAUCAGUGCUAUAGUAAGCAGAAGUUCACUUUCUUAACUUUGCUAUAAGAUUGAAUUCAUUAAAUUUGCAAUGUACAAUUUAAAAAAAUACAUGCCCACAUAUAUAUAUACUAAGAUUUUAAUUUAUAUUUUGCCUGGGUCUUAUAAGAAAACAAAAACUCUUUCCUUGGGCUAUAGAAUUUUGUUGUCAUAAAAAAAAAAAAAAAGCUGGUAUACCCAUGUAUAUCAAAUGCACAAAGGCACAUUGUGAAUUAAUUCACUGCUUGAAUCUACAUUUCUAACUAUAGUGACUUCACUAAUACCAUAUAAUGAACAUUUCAGAUUUCCCUCACUUGUUUUCAUGUUUAUUGAAAAUCUUAAGGUUUUUAUUAUAAGUAUUAUUUUAGUUUGGUAGUACAUUUUGUACCAAAAACGUCAAACACUGUGCUGUAAGAAGAUCCAUGUUUGUAGAAAUGUCCACUUUUCAGAUAAUAUAAUGCCUACCUUUAUACUAACAGAACCAUAUAGUAGCUGAUUUAUUUUUUUUAUUUAUUAUGUAUAUUUUUGGUAUUGUGUGGGUUCUUGAGGCUGUGAUAGAAAACUGUUAAUGUAUUCUGAAAUGAUUGCUCUAAUAGCCUUUUUUUGUUAUUAAAAUUCAUUGUUUUCAGUAGGCAUUGAUUCUGUGCAGAGCAGUCUUGCCUUUUGAUUAUCAGCCUGCUCCUGUUUCUCUUUUGUCAUCCAAACAGAACUUAUUUUAAAAAGUAGUGACUGGUUUUAAACAUUACAUAAAUACAAAAGUAAACAUUGGAAAACUGUUCUUUAGCUUCAGAUAGGGAAAUUUGUGCCUUUUUUUGUUUUUGAAUUUUAAUGUGUAUUGGUAUUUGGAGCACAAAUAUGAAGGUGCCAUAAUAUUAUGGCUGCCAUUGUUACCUCCUUGAAUAUUCGUGUGUCGUUGUCUUAAAAUAGUAAUUGGAGAACCUUGCAUGUAUUAUGUGGAUAUUUAGGCAUCUGUGUGCACGCUUGCGUGCAUGUGUGUGCGUGAGUGUACUUGUGUGUGAUAUAUUCAAAAGAGUGAAUUUUUAAAACUAGGACUCAAGUUAAACAUUGAAAGUUCAAGCUAGUUGAAAUAUAUCAUUUAAAAGUGCUUUACUUGGGACAGUUGAUUGAUAGUCUCUCAAAAGUGUGACUAAUUUAUUGCAUGACAAACAGUGCCUUUUUAGGACAUCAUUAAUUCUAAAAUUAAGUUUAAAAUAUUAAUGAUCUCUUAAAAUGUCAUGAACAUUAUUGGCUUUUAAAAAACUAUACCUAAGUUAGAGCUUAAAUUGCCAAAAGUAUAAUUACUAAUUUACUUACCCAUUUAAGUUUUGUGCAUAAAUUUUAAAACCUAAGCAGAAUUCUUUAUAAAAUUGUGAAUCAUAGAUGCUACCCAAUGUUACUAAAAUAUAACCCUGGGGACUUCAGUAAGUUGUUUUGUUAUAUUCACAAGCUUUUUUCAUAGCCAAGUAUACUUCAAGUAUUGAAUUAUUCCAAGUUGGACUUCCAUGCUCUUUGUUGAAUAAAAUAAAAAUAUUCAAUAUAUUCUUGCAAAAUAAGGUGGGUGGGUGGGUUUUAGUGUUUUCAGAUUAUAAAGACAGCACUUUCACACACAGGAGUAUUUUGCAAACCUUUUAUACAGAUUAUGAGCUCUACUUUAUUUAAGUGUUCAUGGAAUGAUGUAAAUUUUAGGUCCAUUUGAAUAAAUUUAGAGUGCCUACCAUAUGCAAGACUUCCUUUUCACUAGGAAUUAAAUCAUCACACCGUGUUUUCUGCUUGCAGUAUGUGGACUUAAUGUUUGAAAAGGAAUUCUUAUAUUUAAAUUUUUUCUGUUAGAGUUUAUCAUUGAAUACUGUAACCCAGAUAAUUGUGCAUUCAGGUUUUUAGAAUGAAGAUAAAACUUAAGUGAGUCCCACUUUUGAAGAUAAAAUUCUGCUAAAGUUAUUUAAAUUUUAGUUCUGGGGGAAAUUGAUAUUCAAGUUUCAAAUGUAUAAAGACUUAUAUCGAACUUUUCAGCCUCAUUUUUAAUCAGCUCAUGUUGAUGAGAUACAUACUUUUGGUAUCUUGUUGCUGAAAAUAUUUUUGGCAUUUCAGCACUUUGCGUUAAAAUAAAGUUGUUACUACUUAUUCAGAA